CUUUUCAUCUCAGUCGCCUAUACAGCACCUUACACCUAUUCUACUAUUACUACACAAUACGAGUAUAAUUUACAAAAAACCGCCUCUGACAUGUCUCACUCACCGAUCACAUGUCAUGUUUUAGACGCUUCUAGAGGUACACCCGCCUCGGGUAUCCGAGUUCAAUUAGAAUGUCUCAGCUUGGCCGGUGCCGUCCAAGAUUUCAUCUCUUCCGAAUUACCCAGAAAACUUGCGACGGGAUCGACCAACGAAGAUGGCAGAUGUACUGAUUUACUCUCUUCCGGAAGCAGAUUAUCUCCAGGAGUAUACAAAAUGACCUUUUUCACAGAAGAUUAUUUCAAGGUAAUCGGGAUAGAAGCGUUUUACCCCUUGGUAGAGAUAACUUUCAAUCGUGUCGACUCGGAUCAACAUUAUCAUAUUCCCCUGUUGCUCAGUCCAUAUUCGUAUACAACUUACAGGGGAAGUUAGUUGAGGGAAGGUUGAUAGACCGAACUAGAAGACUCAUCGUUGAGCUGGAGAGGUCCGUGAUCUUUGAGGACAAUACGUGAAAUCUGUGAUCUGCGACACGGAUGUUGAAAAGAGUAGAUAUGCAAGAUGCAUAAUUCGAUAGAUAC